AUGGCUGACGCUCACGACAGCAACAUGAUCCAAUCCCACCGCCAGCCAGACGAGCAGAGCAGCCUCGACGAGAAGAAGUCGGACCUCGUCCACACCAACACGGCCAAUUUUGACAGCGAUGGCCUCGCUAAGCUCCCCUCCUCCUCAUCGGCCGAGAUCGUCGCCACCAACGUCCAGCUGGUGGACGACAACGGCGAGACACAACGAUGGCCUAUUCCAAGUUCGAGUCCGCGCGACCCUCUCAACUACAACAAGUGGCGCAAGCUGGGGAUCGUCAUCAGCUGCUGCUGGUUCUCGAUCUUUUCGCUGGCACUCAUCGGUGGUCUCGGUCCGAUCAUGAGCACCUUCUACGGGCUCUACCACGAACAGGGGCCGGAGAAGGUCACUUGGCUCAGCACGCUGCCUUCGGUCAUGGUGGGUCUUGGAAACUUGAUCGUUCUGCCCCUGUCGAUGGUGUUUGGGCGUAGACCCGUGGCUCUGUGCGCUACUGUUGUGCUGAUCGCUGGCUGCACCGGCUCUGCGGUGGCGCAAACGUUCGAGCAGCACCUCGCCACCCGUAUCGUCCAAGGUCUCGCCGCUGGUAUCUCGGAAUCGCUGCUUCCGUUGAUGAUCACCGAGAUCUCCUUUGUUCAUGAGCGCAGCAAGAUCUUCGCCAUCUACUGGGCAUCGCAGAACGUCUUCUCAUCGGCGCUCAACCUCGCUGGCUCCUACCAAGUGGCGAGCAUGGGCUGGAGGUGGUUCUACUGGAUCUACGUCAUCGCUGCCGCUGUCGGAUUCGUGAUCGCCUUCUUCUUCCUCACCGAGACCGCCUACGAUCGUCCACCUCAGCAUAAGGACGGCGUCUGGUACGUAGUUGACAAGUACGGAGUCAACCACGCCAUGACGGCGGAACAGCUGCAGGCGGCUACGCGCGAAGGACGAUUCCGCUCGCUGUCGGAGCACGGAACUGCUGAUGCCGAGUCGGGCGAGCUGUCCUUUGUCGGCGCUCUGAAGCCGUGGUCCGGUAUGCAGCGACCUGCGCUGCGCAUCGCCGGCCGCACUCUUGGGGAUGUUGUGCUGGCCAUGAUGUGCCCUUCGAUCAUGUACAUGGCGCUGCUGCUGACCGUCGUCCUGGGCUGCUCUAUCGCCUUGUCGCUGACCUACUCGAUGGUGCUCAUCGCCGUCUACCACUGGGUGCCCGCCAAUGCCGGUCUCAUCGCCAUCGGUGGCAUGUGUGGCGCGUUCUUUGGCAUGUUCUACGCCGGUCCCGUCGGCGAUCGCAUCGUCAUGGCCAUGGCCAAGCGCAACGGCGGCGUGCUUCGUCCUGGCCACUACCUGGUCGUCUCGAUCGUGCCUGGUCUGAUUUCUUUUGCUUCGCUGAUGCUCUACGCCUUCACUGCUGCAGGCGAGGCGACGUGGGCCGGACCCGUGAUGGCGUGGUUCCUCAACCAGUUCGCCUUCACCUCUAUGCUCAUCAUUGGGUCGGCGUUCGCCACGGUCGCCUACCCCAAGAAUCCGGGUGCUGCGCUGCUGUUCGUCGUGGGCGCCAAGAACAUCAUCAGCUACGGCAUCACGCAGGGAACGCUGCCCAUGGUCACGAUGCACAGCUCCAAGUGGGCCUACAGCGUGCUCGCCGGCGUCACGGCGGCCGCCUUUGUCGCUGGCAUCCCCUUCUACUUUUUCGGCGACAGGAUGGACAAGUGGGCCAUGCGUCAGCAGCAGCGUUUCUUCAAGCGCUGA